CAAGGCCUGGCAGCCGCGCAGGCGCCGUAGCAGUGCAGCCGCUCCUAGCCCGGGGGAUCCUGGGACUAGGCCUUUCCGGAAGGACCGGCUUGGUGUAAGGGAUUAGGCCCGUGUUCCAGACCCAGGUCCAGGCCCGUGUUCCAGGCCCUUGCUUGAAGAUACGCUGGUGGCCGCGGUGACGCUCCAGUGACAACGGAAGGCGCAGCGGGCCGCUCGCUGAGGUGCCCGGCCUCGCCACCGACGAGCCUCGGAGACGCAGUACGUGGCAGCGCCUCCCCCUUGGCUCCGGGCGCARCUGUUGAAGGCGCGGCGGCUCAGGCCGGACGAGGUGAACCGGGUCAUUUAACUGGCUUCAGGUGAUGAAUCAUCAACCUAACAAUCAGAUUUGAGGUCCACAGCUCAUUGUGGUCCUGCUUCCAGGACAGUUUUCUGUGGAUGAGUGACUGGUGUGUCCGGAGAGGUGCCGCAGUGACUGCUUGCCCUUGAUAAGGAAAGCGAGCUUGCCUGCUCUUUGGACAUAGUCGUUUCCUGUAAAACGUUCAGGUUCUAACUUCUUUGUCUGACAUACAUCUCCGUGCACGAGCAAGGCUUUCACAUGAAAGUGUCCCUUGGUAACGGAGAAAUGGGCGUCUCUGCCCACUUGCAGCCUUGCAAGGCUGGAACCACACGAUUUUUUACCAGCAAUACUCAUAGUUCGGUGGUAUUGCAAGGCUUUGAUCAGCUUAGAAUAGAAGGAUUGCUUUGUGAUGUGACUCUGGUACCUGGUGAUGGAGAUGAAAUCUUCCCUGUCCACAGAGCUAUGAUGGCRUCUGCUAGUGAUUAUUUCAAGGCAAUGUUCACUGGUGGGAUGAAAGAACAAGAUUUAAUGUGCAUUAAGCUUCAUGGAGUGAACAAGGUUGGUCUGAAAAAAAUCAUUGAUUUUAUUUAUACUGCAAAACUUUCUCUUAAUAUGGACAAUCUUCAGGACACACUUGAAGCUGCCAGCUUUUUACAAAUUUUACCUGUUUUGGACUUCUGUAAAGUCUUUCUUAUAUCAGGAGUUUCUUUAGAUAACUGUGUUGAAGUUGGACGAAUUGCUAACACCUACAAUCUUAUAGAAGUGGAUAAAUAUGUUAAUAAUUUCAUCCUGAAGAACUUUCCUGCUUUAUUGAAUACAGGGGAAUUUCUAAAACUCCCUUUUGAACGGCUUGCCUUUGUACUUUCCAGUAAUAGUCUUAAGCACUGUACUGAACUUGAACUCUUCAAGGCUGCCUGCCGCUGGCUGAGGUUGGAAGAUCCUCGAAUGGAUUAUGCUGCAAAAUUAAUGAAGAAUAUUCGAUUUCCACUAAUGUCACCACAGGACCUCAUCAACUAUGUGCAGACAGUAGAUUUCAUGAGAACAGACAAUACCUGCGUGAAUUUGCUUUUGGAAGCCAGCAAUUACCAAAUGAUGCCAUAUAUGCAGCCAGUGAUGCAGUCAGACAGAACUGCCAUUCGGUCUGACUCCACCCACUUGGUUACAUUAGGAGGAGUUUUGAGGCAGCAGCUGGUUGUUAGUAAAGAAUUACGAAUGUAUGAUGAAAGGGCACAGGAGUGGAGAUCUUUAGCUCCCAUGGAUGCUCCUCGUUACCAGCAUGGCAUUGCUGUCAUUGGAAACUUCCUCUAUGUAGUUGGUGGUCAGAGUAAUUACGAUACGAAAGGAAAAACUGCUGUUGAUACAGUUUUCAGAUUUGAUCCUCGGUAUAAUAAAUGGAUGCAGGUGGCAUCAUUAAAUGAAAAGCGUACAUUCUUCCACUUGAGUGCCCUCAAAGGACAUUUGUAUGCAGUUGGUGGGCGCAGUGCAGCUGGUGAAUUGGCCACAGUAGAAUGUUACAAUCCACGAAUGAAUGAAUGGAGCUAUGUUGCAAAAAUGAGUGAACCACACUAUGGCCAUGCUGGAACAGUGUAUGGAGGCUUAAUGUAUAUUUCAGGAGGAAUUACCCAUGACACCUUUCAAAAUGAGCUCAUGUGUUUCGACCCAGAUACAGAUAAAUGGACACAGAAGGCUCCAAUGACUACAGUCAGAGGUCUGCAUUGCAUGUGUACAGUUGGAGACAAGCUCUAUGUCAUUGGUGGCAACCAUUUCCGAGGAACAAGUGAUUACGAUGAUGUUCUAAGCUGUGAAUACUAUUCACCAACCCUUGACCAGUGGACACCAAUUGCUGCUAUGUUAAGAGGUCAAAGUGAUGUUGGAGUUGCUGUUUUUGAAAAUAAAAUCUAUGUUGUUGGUGGAUAUUCUUGGAAUAAUCGCUGUAUGGUAGAAAUUGUCCAGAAAUAUGACCCAGAAAAGGAUGAGUGGCAUAAAGUUUUUGAUCUUCCAGAGUCACUUGGUGGCAUUCGAGCUUGUACCCUCACAGUUUUUCCACCUGAAGAAAACCCUGGGUCACCUUCUAGAGAAUCGCCUCUUUCAGCACCAUCAGAUCAUUCUUAGAUCCAAGGUGUAAUACCUUUGCAGUGCAUCAUGGGUGAUGACAUACUUCCCUUUAAUUGUAUCUUAUAAUGAUUGAUACAGUUAUUUGACAAAAAAGGUAACUUAUGUUAUUUGUCUUGUUUGGCUUAGUAUGUUUGUCAAAUGGUUAGCAAUGCAUUCUGAAAAUGUAUUAAGCAUAUCCAGCUGUUUUAACACCCGAAAAAAAAGAACAUAGAAAAAUGUUAAAUUAGAUGUAUUUUUGUGGUGUUACAUUAGUUAAAUUGUAGGUCACUGUAGUAAAUGUAUAAUUAUGCCCAUUGUACUUCAGAGUUGAAAGUUUUCAUCUGACUGAAAAACAUCAGAGGGAAGCCACUUACUCUAAAUUAAUACACAAAAGGUUGUCAAGUGUUGUUAGCUUCCUCUUUGCAUGGUUUUUGGCAUAUCAGUCAACUGUUCAGGUUGGGUGGUUGUAUUCCGAAUAUAGUUUCUUAGACAGACAGAAGAAAUAGUAAGUAAAAAGAUUUACCAGAAGAAGAAGCACUAAGUCAGGAUUUGGAAUCUAUAGAAAAAGAAAAGGAGAUUAAACACAAACAUGCACACAUUCAUGCAUAUUUGUAUAAAUACACACAUAGAAUUUUGCGUAUGUAGAAAAAAAUUAACACUUAAACUAUAGUAAAAUUGUUCUUAAUAUUUUUUUWAUUUCACACAGUAGCAGUUUUUAUUUAAAUGGGAAUUCGUUACCACAGAAUGUUGUAGUCAUAUAUAGCAGUUAGAUAGCUAAGGGCUACAACGUAUUAAAUUGGCAACCAGAUUUGUCAUUAAACUUAACUGUUACUUCAGAUGAAACUUACAUUUUCUGCUU